AUGUCUAUCCUCACUUUCACCCCCUCGUCGGCCAUUGUGCCUGACCGCAAUGUCCAGCCGACCUGGAACUUCUCCCAGCGCGGGGCAGCCGGCGCUCCCGGCACCGGGCCUUCGCUCGACGCCCCGGCUGACAUGCAGGCUGCCGGGGCCCCGGUCACCGGGGCCGCCCGGCCGGCCGGCGACCUGGCCACCGACUCGGUCACCCCCUCGCUGGAUACGGCCGCCGACCGUGCGGCGGUGGCGGCCGCGGCGGCCGCCCCCCGUCCCGCCGGGGCCGCAGCUCCAGCCAGCGUCAAUGGCUGCACCCCGCCGAGCACCGACGCCACACUGGCCCCGGCCGAUGCGCUGGGCGCCCUGCAGCCCGCAGCCACCGGGGCCCCGGCCCCGGCGGCCGCCGCGCCCCGCAGCCCCAACCGCUACCCCCGGGUCAUGUGCCAGAACUCCGGCGGCAUGCUCUCCCGUCAGCAAGCCUACGAGGUCAUGGAGCUCGACAUCCCCGGGCCCAUCCUCCCGGUGCCGGUGCUGACUUUCUCCUCGUCGAUCGGCGAAAUCUUCCGCCGGACUCCGUACUCGCGCAAUCCCGCCGUCUACACCCACAGCCAGGAUUACGCCAACCUCAGCGACUCCAUGGUCGAGCAUUUGGACGACGAGCAGGGCACGGUCCUGGUCCCGCACCCGUCCUUGGUCCCCAUCAACCCGCCCUUCAACUCGGUCAUCACUUCGUACCAGCGCUAUGUCCCGCGCUCGGUCAUCGGUGCGUAUGCCGCCGCUCUGCCUCGGACCGCGCGGUCCGGUGAUGACACCUCCCACCGGGUCUUCUUCAUCGCCCUGAUCCUGGCCGCCAAGUAUCUCAACGACCAGACCCUGACCAACCGCGGCUGGAGCAAGCUCACCCGGGGGAUGUUCGCCACGCGCGACAUCAACCGCAUGGAGCGCGACUUCCUGGCCCUGGUCGGGUAUGACCUGGUCAUCGAGCCCACGGAGCUGGCCAUCUUCGUCGAGAAGGAGGUGGAGCCCUUCAACCCCCUGCUCGCCGGGCAGAUCCGCGCCAUUCAGGGGUACAAUGUCAUGAUCAACAUCAGCACCCUGGAGCGGGACUUCCAGCCGUGGACCUAA